ACUGACCUCCCGUUUCGCGAGAUUUAGCGAGAUGUGAGUCAGAGAGACUUUCCCCAAAUUUCAAAGGAUGUUUAUCAUCAAAUUCAUCUUUAUUUCUUUGUUUUCACCGGAUUAGCUCUUAACCACUAUGUCGAAUAAAGUAUUGUUUUAAUUAGGAUGCCAAUGAAGUAUGUCAUAAUGUGACAUUUGUUUUGCUGUUUGCGCACGAACUGACUCCUCAGCUCCUUCAAAACAGAAGCUGGGAGAGGACACCGACUUUGUGCAAGAUUUUAUUUUUUGUAAAUAAUGGGAAAUACUGGUAGUAGACCAGAAACAUACAAGCAUAACGAGCUCAGACAUUCAAGUAUGCCGAUUCGACUGCCAAUGCCUGAUCCAAAUGAGUUGGACAGGAGGUUCACCAAAGUUUUGAAUUCUAUGGACUUGCCUCCAGACAAGGCCAAGUUGCUAAAGAGCUAUGAUGAUGAAAAGAAAUGGGAACUUAUUUGUGACCAGGAACGUGUCCAUGUUAAAGAUCCACCAGAUGUCUACCUCACAAAAUUACGCACAUACCUGGAUCCGAGAUCAACACGCAGUACAAAGGGCAAUCGGCAGAGUCGACAUAGAAUGUCUUUUAAAAGAAAGAUGCUCGGUGAGACAAGUUCGACACAAGUUUUGCGAGACUUGGAAAUAUCUCUACGAACAAAUCACAUAGAAUGGGUGAGGGAGUUUCUCAGUGAAGAAAACCAGGGCCUGGAUAUUCUUGUGGACUAUCUAUCAUUUACUCAGGUUGUAAUGAGGAGGGAGCAGCUUCUGAAUAGAGAGAAGAGUUCGAGCCUGGACACAGGGUUAGCAAAGGGGUCCAUGCGCAGUUUGAAACGUUCCAAUACAAUCAGUGCCUCUAGGGGUAUUGCAAAAUAUUCUCAGAAAUUAAAUAUGGGAGAGGCGCGGGAUGAUGUCCAUGUCUGUAUUAUGUGUCUACGUGCAAUUAUGAAUCAUCAGUAUGGUUUUAACCUUGUGAUAGCCCACACUCAUGCCAUAAACUGUAUAGCAUUAAGUUUGAACCAUAGGAGUAUGAGAACAAAGGCGUUGGUACUAGAGCUGCUGGCAGCUGUAUGUUUGGUCAGUAGUGGCCAUGAAAUUAUACUCUCUGCUUUCGAUAACUUCAAAGAAGUCUGUGCAGAGAGACAUCGGUUUGAAACUCUGAUGGAAUAUUUCAAAAACUAUGAAGAAUUCCAUAUAGAUUUCAUGGUAGCGUGUAUGCAGUUUGUGAACAUUGUGGUCCACUCAGUGGAGAACAUGAAUUUUCGGGUCCAUUUACAACAUGAAUUCUCAAUUAUUGGUCUAGAUGACUAUUUAGAGAAAUUGCGGCAUACUGAAAGUGAUAGAUUGUCGGUUCAAGUGCAUGCGUACUUAGAUAACAUGAUUGAUGUUGCUGCACUGCUAGAAGACUCAGAAACUAAAACAGAAGCACUUGAGAAAGCUGCCGAGUUAGAGGAUGAGGUUUCGAGGAUAAAUGAGAAGUUGCAAGAAGUAGAAGAAGAAAUGAUGAUGAAAGCUAUUGAGCUGGAAAAACAGCUGUCUGAUGCCAACACUGAAAUUGAUGAACUUAAGGAAAUUUUGCGGCAAAAUGAAGCAGAGAACACGGCAUUACGGGAAGCAAUCAAUGAGAAGGAUGCUGAAUCUCAGAAACAUCUCAGCACCUUAGAUGCCAAAUUACAGGAACUGGAAAACCUGAAGAAAAAUAUUGGCUCAGGUGUUGGGGCAGCUGGUGCAUCAGGAGCUGCAGGGGCAGUUCCACCUCCACCACCUCCCCCUGCUCCAGUAUUGGCUCCCCCACCUCCUCCACCACCACCGGCACCUCCAGCACCAGGCAUGGGAGCUCCACCUCCACCACCUCCAGCUCCAGGAGCUCCUAGUGCAAUGACCAUUAAGAAGAAGAUACAGACCAAGUACCGCUUACCUGUGUUAAACUGGACUCCGCUUAAACCACAGCAAGUUAAAGGCACAGUCUUUGCAGAUCUUGAUGAUGAAAAAUUAUACAGGGUGAUAGAUUUUAACGGUUUUGAGGAAACAUUCAAGCUUGGUGUAUUAGGUGGUCUAAAAGGUGGGGAUAGUACUCCAAAAACACUUAAGAAGAAGAAGGAGAGUAUAACCCUGCUGGAACCUAACAGAGUGCGGAAUGUUGCUAUCACAAGAAGAAAGAUUGAGCUGAGCAACGAUGAAAUUAUGAGAGCUAUAAUAAAUAUUGAUUUGAAGGUUCUCUCCAUAGAUAUUGUAGACAUUCUCCAAACAGUCCUGCCAAAUGAACAAGAGAUUAAAGCUUAUAAACUGUAUGAGAAAGAUAAGAAGCCAAUUGAUAUGUUGUCAGAUGAGGACAAAUUUAUGUGGCAGUUAUGCAAAGUAGAGAGACUGCCACAGAGGCUAACAAUUAUGAGUUAUAUUUCCAACUUCCAUGAUGAUAUGCACCAUUUACAACCACAAAUCAACGCAUGUAUAGCAGCAUCGAUGUCAUUGAGAAACUCGCAGAAAGUCAGGAAACUUCUUGAGAUUAUCUUAGCCUUUGGAAAUUACAUGAACAGUUCUAAGAGAGGUGCUGUGUAUGGCUUUAAACUUCAGAGUUUAGAUAUGUUGUUGGACACAAAAACAGCCGACAAGAAACUGACGUUAAUGCAUUUCUUGGUUGACACUGUCCAGUAUAAAUUCCCAGACAUUCUUAACUUCGAGUCAGAGCUGAGAUUCAUUGAAAAAGCUGCUUUAGUUUCGAUGGAAAACAUCACGACGGAUGUACAUGAACUUGAGAAGGGAAUGGAAUUGACAAAAAGAGAAUAUGACUUGAGAAGAUCAUCUCGAGAUCAGCCGUUGAUUCUCAAGGAUUUUAUCGCAAAUUCCGAGGAUAAACUACGUAAAUUACUCAGUGAUGUAAAAACUGCACAGGAUUCUUAUAAAAGAGUUGUGGAAUAUUUCGGAGAAAAUCCCAGAAGUGUUUCACCUUCCACAUUCUUUGCACAGUUUGUCAGAUUUGUGAAUGCAUUUAGGCAAGCAUUGUUGGAUAACGAGAAGCGACGUCGCCAGGAGACUGCUGCCUAUGGUCAUGAUGAAAUGCCAAUGGUCAACAAUAAGAAAGAUAAAAAGAUAGUGCAGGAACAAAUGGUAUCUGAGUUGAAGCAGAGAAAUCGUCAAAUCAAGGAGAAGAAAUUACUGAACAAGGACGAGGUGUAUCAUGGUGCUUUAGAAGAUAUUCUCCUUGAUCUGAAAAAUGAGCCGUACAGAAGAGCUGAUGCAGUAAGGCGGAGUCAGAGACGACGGGUCGAGAAUCUCGUGCCUAUGGGAAGAAGUAGCAAUGACUUUUUCUGAAGCUAUGGUUUUGGCUGUGAUACCAGCUUCAACUUAACAACAAGAAUAUCAGACUUUAUAUUAAUUACCGUCUGCUAGAGAAAUGUGAAUUUUGGAGUGGUGCGCUCUAAACUUACCGCCAUUUUCGUUUUGAAUAAAAGGCUGGAGCUUCUGUCUUGUGAACAUUCUUCUUGAGUAACUAGGUCAAAAGGGAACUGUUCAUUAUAGGCAAACACAAGUUGUAUGAAAUAUGAGAAAAAAUAUAUUGUCUGCAAACCAAGCGUAUAUACACUGUAAAAUAAAUAGUGAAGAUACUGUAUUAUGUAGAUGUGGAGCUACUCUGUAUGCGAGGUAUCUCAUUUAGAGCAAAUGUCCACAGGUUCAUUUUCCAGGUGUCACAGCUGAAUCAAAGGCUGUAUUCCUGUUUAAAAAGGGAAACAUAUCAUUUCCUGACAUGAAAAGUGAAAUAUAUGUGGAACAGAUAAAUAUAUACAGGGAGAGAACUGUUCACAGUUUGGACCUGCAACAUGGAUAUGGCAUAUUACAGAAACACAAGAUAAAAAUGCAUGUGUUCAUUUUUUUUCCUGGAUUUUGUUUAAAAUGGUCAUAUAGUAAUGGUCAUCAAAUGGAGGAUUUGUGAUUUCAGUAAAAAUCUGUUCAUGUGGAAACAUGUUGAAAAUUUGUAAACAUUUCUUAAAAAGAAAUAUCAGAAAGCCUUUGUUAUAAAGUGUGAAUUAACAUCAAAUUUACAUUUCUGAGAUAUUUAAAGUGGAAUAUACCAAGUGCUGUUUGACAUCUGUCCAGGGAAGAAUUGAUUCCUAAAACUGGGACUGUCAGAUUAAACAUUGCAUUGCAGAGUGGGAAUAAAUAUAAAGGAAUAUAGAAUUAAUCUACUGUUAUGGUGAAUAUAUAGGACACUUAUCACUGACAAAUUGAAGGCUUCAGAUGGUCUUAAAGAGGGUAGACAGGAGUCUCUGCAACAACGCGAAGAAGUCUUUUACUACAAAUGACUACUGAAUGGUCUUCACUGGAAAAACAGGAAUCUACGCAGUAAAGCAAAGAAGUAUUACAGUUCUGGUGUAAUAGUUUCAUCAGAUAUGAAGCAUAUGUAAAUCUCAUUAACGCAACAUGAUAAUUAAUGCAUUCUUGCAUUAAAGUUCCUUGUUUAAGCAAGAAGUGAAAUUUUCUUUAUCAAAAACAAGAUAUAUCAUGAAGAGAGAAAUUGUCAAAGAAGUGAAAGUGUUGAUUAAGUCACACAUACUGUGCUAACCUCCUGCUGUUUUAUAAAGUAUAAUUGAGCCGUGCCAU